AUGUCUAAUCUGAACGAUAAUAAUGAACUGGAGCUGCCAAAAUACUACUUAGUACUGUUUUUAAACAAUGAAUCUAAUAAAGAAGUUGAUGUUGUACCGGUUAAUUGGUUAACCUACAGUGUCGAAAAUGAUAAUUUUCGUUGUCAAUUCAUGCCUGGGCCGUAUGACCAGUCGAAACAUAAAUUAUUGCAAUCAAUGAUUAAAAAAUCAGAGGAUCCUUUACCUGACUGGCCUGAUUACCCCGUCGAAAUCCGUGGACGGCCUGCCAAUUUCAAAGAAGCUGAAGAAAGAUUGAAUAUUUUAAAAACCAAACCUGAUGCAUUCACUACUGAUAAUGACGAAUCAGUGAAGUUACAAAUUUUAAAAGAAAAAAAAUCACUGACAAAAAUAAAAACAACUGCAACUACCGCUAAGGACUUGAAAAACAAAUUAGAAUCGUAUCAUUUGGACUUUAACAACUCAGAGAAAAAAAAAUUUGAGAGUCCCUCAAGCAGCCGUUGUCAGAAAAAAAAGAGAAAAACGAGUGGUAAAGAUAAAGAAAAUUCGAAAUUCACGGCAAAAUUUAAAAAUUACGGACAGGUGAUGAGGGUGAUACCAGUGAACUAUCGUACACGAAUUCAUCCCACGAAUCAGAAAAUUACGGAUAGAUGAUCAGAGUAAGAACGAUGAAUUAUUGCGCACGAGCUCGUCCCACGAAUCAAGAGACUCUUCAAUACGAAGUAUUUUAUUGAAAAAUCGAAAGCAGUCGAAUAUAUCACCAGAAAAUAAUUAUAAAAAUUUGAAGUUAGAUGAUACUAAAAAAUGUUGGAAAAUCCAAAAGUGCACACCUC